UUGCGUUUUGUGCCAGCCCAGGUAUAGAGCAUAUAGAGGCUAUGUACGCGCUUCGCGCCUGUUGCAAAAUUCAGUGCCGCUUUUUCGUUCGUGACGAAAGGAUGUACGCCCGGUUGUAGGCCCCGUAUGAAACGUACAUACAUAACAAGCAAGCAAACACACACACACACGCGCACACAAAAUGAUGUAUGUAGACAAUUUGCCAAAAAGCAGCGAAUACGACGAGCUGGCUCAGCUGCUCAAGUCUUGGAACGUCAGCGAGCUGUUGCCAUAUUUGCAAGAGGAGGCAAUCAACAUGCAGGAGCUGCAGAUGCUAAAGCGUCAUCAUCUGAACGAUCUGCUGCGCAAUUUUCGAUAUGGCACACGGAUACGGUUCGAGCAUCAUUUGGAGCGGUGGCGCCGCUGGCUGAAUGUGCCGCUGCAUGAUCCUCUGGGGGAGGAGCGUUCGUGCAGCGGCAACAGCAACAGUGUUCACUGCAACGGCUGCCGCUGCUCCGCCAUAGAAUCGCAUCACACGAAAAGCCUCUCCAAGCCCGAUUUGCUGGACGAUGCCUCCAAGCAGCUGCCCUCCGAGCCAUUUGUCUCGCUGAAUGAGAUUGGCGAUGGGUCGUCAUUCAAUGUGCCCCUGCCCCUGAGUGAUCACAGCGAGCUGGUGCACACGGAACUCGUCACGGCGGAUCUGAUCAAGCCGGAGUUGGGCGAACCGGAGGCGGGCAGUGAGGAGAGCGCCGUCACAGUGCUCGCCAUACUGCAUGCCUCACCAGCGAAGGCGCAAUCUCUGCUGGAGCGUCUCGGGCACAAUGAGCCGCUGGAUGCAGUGCAGCGACUGCUGCUCAUUCAGCUCAUCUGCAGCUACUACGAGGACAAUCGAUUGCAUUUGACGCUGCAGCGGAGUCAUCUGUUGGAGCGCGAGAUUCUGCAGCUAUUUCCCAAGGAGCAGCUGUGCUUCUAUCGCACUGAGCGACGGGGCAAGAUCUAUGUGAGAUUCACGAACAUGAAGCGGAACAAGCGCUUCGGCACCCAGCGGGAGCAGAAGCGACGCCGCGAGGAAUCGAUGGCGGCUCCAAACUCCUAUGUGUCCAAGGAGGUCACCUUUGGCGGCGAUCCCAUGUCCAGUCCCGAGAGAUCAGAUUGAUAUACUAAGCGUAGCACUUAAGUGGUUUAGUUUCUCCUUAGUCCUGCGCAUUUCAAUUACACGCAUCUAUUUGUAUAUUAUUUUAAAUGAAUGAAGUUGAGUAACUAUCCUAAUACUGCCCAUCAUAUCCAGAUCUUUAGUUAAUGGGCACAAUAAGCUAGCUGAAUUUAUCUGUAUUCCUCUAGAGAUCCUAACUUUUUUGCGUAUUCCAUAUACAUAUUUCAUUUUAUAUGUACUUGUAUUGAUUUUUUAAGUGUCUCUUUAAGUAUCAUAUCAUUUCUGUUAUUCGAAAUGAUUCUUAGAAUAUAUAUAUAUAUAUAUAUACGAUAUGUAUAUGUACACUCAACGUUUACAUUCUUUAGUAAGUAGUUUUUAGCUUUUGGAAUUAAGCCGUUAAAUAUUCUGUAGUGAUGCAAAUAUAUGAAAAUAAAAUGCAGAAAACAUUCUGAAAAA